GUCGCAUUCUCCGAGCCUAGCACAUCACCGGCGGCACAUCUCCCAGCACCGUGGAAAACCGUAGACGAAGAAGGCGAGGCAGACGCAGACCCACCCCGAAAUCUCUCUUCUCGCCGGCGGCAGCCACCGCCUCAGCCAUGAUCAGCAUCCUCGCGCAGGAGCGCCUCCUCGGGUUCGCCCUGGGCUCCGUCUCCAUGGGCGGCUUCGUCCUCCACCAGCGCCGCGCCAUCUACCGCUCCCUCGCCGACACCAGCGGCUCGCCCUACUCCUAUCAGCCUGGUGAAAUCACCAUUAGAAGGGGCUCAACUGAGCUGGCUCAUGUUUGGAACAAGGCAGUGGACGAGACUCUUGGGCGACUUGUUGUAUACCUUAGCUCUCGUGGAUGGUGAUUCAAGGACUGUGUUGAACAUGACAAGUGAUGAAGUGAGCAGGGCGGAGCAUGACUCAUUUUCACACCAUUGAUGUGCUGAAACAUCACUGAUGUACUUGACAUUUCUAUGUACCCGGAGUUGAAUAUCUUUUGUUUUAAAAGGUUUGCCAUGAUAAUUGUUUGAUGGAUCGAUGACCCAUUUAUCUCGAACAAUGUUCUCUAAGCAAGAAUCUGGAUGUA